AUGAUUACAUCUAUUUAACAGAUUAGUAACACAUAAGCUCUGGUACAAGUCGAAAACCAAAUACUAAUUAAAGAUCCUUAUAUAAAGAGAUAUUUGCAAAAUUAAAAUAGAAGCAAAUAUGAGGAGAAAUACAAUGGAUAUCUAAUAGAUAUCGCAGAGUCUUCAUUCAUGAAAGAUAAGAUUAAUUUUUAGAUUAGCGCCAAAUAAAAGAAAAAGAAAUUAUCAGAUAUCCCAAGAUUUGUGACAGAAGCUUUUACAGACUUUGGGAAUAAGUUAAAAAUUAGAGACUUAAAAGGCAACAUUGUUUCAGAGAUCAAUUAUGGAAAUGAAUAACUUGCAAAUGAUCUUGGAUUAUCUUAGGAACAUAUCAGUGAUGCUAUUUAAAUGGCUUUUCAGAUGAGAGGAAGAGUUAUCCUUGCUGAUGACCCAGGACUGAAUUCAUGCAAAACAGCAGUCAAUAUUGCAUAUGCUUAUGAUUAUAAAAUACCUUUUUUAAUAAUUGCUUCUUCUACUCAGCGUUAGAAAUGGAAAUCAAUACUAAAAUAACAAUUUAGCCUGAAAGAUAAAGACAUAUAAAUUUUAUAUAACAAUUAAACUUAAUUUGAUUUCAAAAAGGAUGCAAUAAUAGCUACAUAUGAUCAAGUUUCUACUAGAAAAGAGGAACUUCAAGAUAUAAAAGUUGCUUUAGUAGAUGAGGCUCAUUACUUGAGAAAUAUAAAGUUUGUAAAUGAGAGAAAUUUAAUGGAGUAUUUAUGCAAAAGAAAAAGAGUUGUCCUUUUGAGUAGUUGCUGUAUUAUAUAAUCAGUUGAAGAUCUAUUUCCUUUGCUAAGAGUUAUUCGUCCUGACUGCUUCCAUAAUACUAAAGCUUUCAAAGACAGAUAUGUUAACAAUGAAAAUAAUUGGAUAGAACUUCAUUGUAUGCUAAAUUAAAUAGGAUUUAUUAGAAGAACAAGAUAAAUGUUCGCAGAUAACCAUAAUUUUACUAAUUUUGGAAUUGUUCCUAUAGAAUGUGAUAAAAGUGUUACAUCAAUUAUAAAUAGCCUCGUUCAUAAUGCACAUAGAAUUGGAGGAAACUUUUCAAAAGGUAUCUAUUCAUAAUGCUAUACUUUAUCAUUAGAUGCAAAGAUCAAGGGUUGCUUGUAAUUCAUAGAUAGAUAAUUAGAAUAAAAACCUGAUGAUAAAAUAGUAAUUUUUGGAUAUCAUCAGAAAUCUUUCGAGAUGAUUGGUACCCAUUUAUAAGCAAAAAAUAUUACUUUCAUAGUUGUUGAUAAAAAAACUAAUUUUGCUUAAAAAGAAGAGUUACUACAUCAAAUAGAUCCAUAAAUUAGCGUUGUUUUGAUGUCUUUCACAAAUUUAUAAGAUAUUGAGUUAUCCCUAUUUUCUACAGCUAUUGUCUUGGAAUUUUCUUGGACUCCACAUUUAAUAGAUCAAGCUAUUGGUUGUUUAUAUAGCUUAAGUCAAGUGAAUGAAUAAGUAGAUGCUUUUUUACUUGAAGGUAUAGGGACACUUGACAAAUUACUAAAAGGGAAAUACAUCAAGUGGUUAGAUUUGAAAACUAAAAUUUUAGAUGGGAAAAAAGUAGAUAAUUUACUAAAUAUUCAAGAUGUAGUGAGUAUUGAUAAUUAAGGUUCAAAUAGAUUAAGAUAGAAUUAAAGCAUAGAUAUAAGCUUCAAUGAAGAUAAUCAUUUGUCAAACUAACCUUCAAAAGCAUACAAUUAGCAGAAAUCUCCUCAAUAGAAAAAAAAGAGAAGUAGAAAAAAUAUUUAAAAAUUUGAAAUAUCUAAGCUAAAUACUAGUAAAUAAAGAAUAACAACUUAGACAUUAAGCUAGGAUAUACUACCACCUGAAAUAAAGGUAGAUAUUAAUUAGAGCAAAAAAAUCUUUAUGUAGAAAGCCAGAACUGUUGAAGAUUUAAAAAAGAAUAAUAAUAACACCAAGUAUAAAAAUGAAAAAUUUUUUUAAUAAUAAUAACAUGAUAUGGAGAUAAUUAUAUCUGAGGAUGAUAUUGAAAAUAUAACAGAUGAAAGAUAAAUCACAAAUAUGGGUUAAAAGAAUAAUAAUUAUAAUAAUAAAAAUAAUUAUUACGAAUUGAAUCGCUAGUAAAACGAAUAAAAAGAUGAAUAGGUAUUUAUGACAGACUAUACUUAAAGCUUUAAUGAAGGAUUUAUUUCUAUUUAUGAAGAUAUUGAGAAUAAUUAAAGUAAAAAUGUAUACCGUGAUGAAGAACAAUUCGACUUUGACUAUGAAGAGAAUGAAUUCAAUUAAAUAAAAAGAAAAAAGAACUAUUCAAAUAGAAGUAUGCCUAGUAAUUACUUAAAAGAUAUAGAGUGCGAUUUAAAUAUCUCUGAAAUAUAAAACAAUUAAGUCAAUUCAAUAGAUUUUGGCUAUGAUGAGACACCUAUAAACAAAUUUCAGAGCUAAAAGAGCGAAUCUCAUGCUUCUUUAUAUAAAUAGAUUAUUUCUAAAAUAACUGAUUACACAGAACCAAUAACACUUCAAGUGGAAGAUUACACAAAUGACUAAAAGAGUUAAUGUUAAAAACCUUCAAAAAUUAUUUAAGAGAAAAAAUAAAUGAUUUAAUAAACACCUAAUUUUAUAGCCCAAAAAUAAACUGACAACGAUUUGGAUUUUUUGUUGAAAGAAUUAGAAAUAGAAAUAGAUUUUGAAGAAAAGGACAAAUCAAACUCACAAAAAUUGGACUGCGACAGUAUACCAUUUUAAAUAUUGGACGAAGACAGCAAUCUAGAAAAAAACUCUUAAAAAGAUAACUUAAAUCAUUCUAAUUUAUCUAACUAGCCAAUUGUUUAUAAGGGAAAAUAAAUAUCAGCAGAAAAAAUUACAUAGAAAAAAAUACCUCUUAAAGACUAACCAUUCUGUAGGAAAUUAUUUGAUGAUGAAUUUAGCUCUCCAUUUGGAGCUUUUAGCAAAGAAUCUGCUUUAACAAAAUGCUCUACUAACCAUUUUGUGAAUGAUAAUAGCUGUAAGAAAUCUAGUGUUUUCGAUAAGCUAAUAUUAGAUAUUGAUGAAAGCACUAAAAAAUCUAAUGUUUUUAACGAUUAAUUGAACCCUAAAUAAAAUGUAGACUAAGGUGAUCUAGAAUAUGAUGAUUUAUUUUCAAUAAACGGAUAAAAUGCUAUAGGAUUUUUUGAAAUAAAUAAAAAAUUGAAUCAUAAUACAAAUAAUAACAAGAAUUUAAGCAAAGAACAAUUUAAAACUCAACAAUUAUUUAAAGAUACUCAAAAAACAAAUGACAAAAAUCUAUUUAAUUAGUCCGAUAAAAAUAUAGAAGCCCCUUAAUAAAUGAAAUUUACUGGAUUAAAGAAAAGGAAACUUAACAAUUCUUUCAAGUUAGAUCCAAAGCAAUUACUAAAAAAGAAAAAAAUAAAAACAAAUUGA